AUGCACUUCACGCGUCUUCAUAUCGUUGCAACCCUGGCCGGGCUCUUCUGGGGUCCGGCCUUGAUUUCGGCGGGGCUAUAUGUCCGCCGGGGUGUUGAGUGCUUCUUCGAGAUGCCCGCUGAGAGUGGUGAGACGUGCGAGAGCCUCGCCUCUAGCUGGGGCAUCUCAGUCAACGAGUUCAUCAACAUCAACCCCGGUGUAACCUGCCCCAAUCUUGAGGCGGGCAAAAACUAUUGCGUCGUCGGCGAGUUUACUCCCGAUGAGCCCACCACUUCCCCGUCCCAGCCCUCGAGUACCACUCCCAGUACCACGACGAAGCCUACCACUACCUCCCAGCCGUCAACAACUCUCCAGACCACUACUACCACCACCGCUCCUUCUGGGCCAACUGUUUCUCCUGUCAUGCCUGGAGUGGUCGACAACUGUGAUGGCUUUUACAAGGUCCAGUCUGGCGACAACUGCGACAUCAUCGCCCAGAAGAACGGUAUCACGGUGGCUCAGCUGAAGACCUGGAACACGGACAUCAACGCCGGCUGCACAAACCUAUGGGCUGACUAUUACAUCUGCACUCAUGUUCCCGGUGCCGCUGUACCCACGACCACCAUGCGGACUACCACCACAACAACCGCUGCCCCAGGCCCGACCGUUUCCCCCGUCAUGCCAGGAGCCGCCGCCAACUGCGACCGCUACUACAAGAUCCAGUCUGGUGAUGGGUGCGACUCGGUCGCCUCCAAGGCCGGCAUCACCGUCGCGCAGUUGAAGGCUUGGAACACCGAAAUCAAUGCUUCAUGCUCGAAUCUCUGGCUCGACUACUACGUCUGCACCCACAGCCCCGGUGCCGUCACGCCAACAACGACGAAGACGACCGCCGGCACGCCGGGGCCGACCAACACGCCCCAGCUGCCCGGUGCCGUGGGAAACUGUGACAAAUGGUACAAGAUUGCCUCCGGCGACACCUGCGAUACGGUCGCCGCGAAGAACAAGAUUACCGUAGCCAUGUUCCGCAGCUACAAUACCCAGAUCAACUCCGCCUGCAACAACAAUCUUCUCAAGGACUACUACGCCUGCGUCAGCAUUCCCGGCGCUGCUACACCCAUGCCCGGCAUCGUGUCCAACUGCAGCCGUUUCUACAAAGUUGUCUCAGGGGACUCGUGCGAUGCUAUUGCAAACAAGGCCGGCAUCACCGUGGCUAAUUUCCGGAAAUGGAACACACAAAUCAACUCGGGAUGCACCAACCUAUGGCUUGAUGCUCUGGUCUGCACGAAUGCCUAU